AGACCAGCCUGCAGGUAGCUCCGGGCGCUCGGAAUCCUCACACAGACAGCGCCCGCUCCCGGGGGUUGCCCUCUCGGGGCAGUGCGUCGGCCCUGGUGUUUCUGCUUCGUCGAGUGGGCCAGGCGGUGAAAUGGAGAGAGCGCCGUGGGCAUCCAGCCGGGUUCCGAGCCCCGAUCCGAAGCCCUGAGCCCUGGAGCCUCUGCCGGCUACGGCUCGGGAGUCAGACCCGCCGCUCUGCGCGCGCUCAGGACGCAGACUCCGCUGGUUGGGAUUAAUGCCAUGCCGAGCAGGAUGGGGUCCAAGACGAACGUGGGCCAGGAGAUCGUUCGCAUUAAGGCACACUACAACGGGGACAUGCUGAUAACCAACCUGGAUGCAUCUAUGACCUAUGAUGAACUUUGCGAUGAAGUGAGAGAGAUGUGUAGUUUACACCAGCAGCAGCCAAUCACCCUUAAAUGGAUCGAUGAUGAAGGUGAUCCAUGUACCAUAUCUUCUCAGAUGGAACUGGAAGAAGCUUUUCGCCUGUACUGUCGACACAGAGAUGAAGGACUCAUCAUUCAUGUUUUUCCGAGCAUCCCAGAGAAGCCAGGAAUGCCCUGCCCAGGAGAAGACAAAUCAAUCUACCGCCGAGGGGCCAGAAGAUGGAGGAAGCUGUACCGAGUGAAUGGGCAUCUGUUUCAAGCCAAACGUUUUAACAGAAGAGCAUACUGUGGCCAGUGCAGCGAAAGGAUAUGGGGUCUCGGAAGGCAAGGCUACAAGUGUAUCAACUGCAAAUUACUGGUCCAUAAACGUUGUCAUAUACUUGUACCACUGACCUGCAAAAGGCAUAUGGAUUCGGUGAUGCCUUCCCAAGAACCUCAAAUAGAUGAUAAAAACGAUGAAGUUGACCUUCCCUCCGAAGAAACUGAUGGACUUGCUUAUAUUCCUUCAACCCGGAAACAUGACAGCCUUAAAGAUGAUUCUGAGGACAUUAAGCCAGUUAUUGAUGGAAUGGAUGGAAUUAAAAUAUCUCAGGGGCUCGGGCUGCAGGACUUCGAUUUAAUCAGAGUUAUUGGACGGGGAAGUUAUGCCAAAGUUCUCUUAGUGCGGUUGAAAAAGAACGACCAGAUUUAUGCCAUGAAGGUAGUCAAAAAGGAGUUGGUCCAUGAUGAUGAAGACAUCGACUGGGUGCAGACAGAGAAGCAUGUGUUUGAACAGGCCUCCAGUAAUCCAUUCCUCGUGGGCCUGCACUCCUGCUUCCAGACGUCGAGUCGAUUAUUCCUUGUCAUCGAGUAUGUGAAUGGAGGGGAUCUCAUGUUUCAUAUGCAAAGGCAAAGAAAGCUUCCGGAGGAGCACGCCAGGUUUUAUGCUGCUGAAAUAUGUAUUGCUCUAAAUUUCCUCCAUGAACGGGGAAUUAUCUACAGGGACUUAAAACUAGAUAAUGUCCUCUUAGAUGCUGAAGGUCACAUCAAAUUAACAGACUAUGGCAUGUGCAAGGAAGGAUUGGGCCCAGGUGAUACAACGAGCACUUUCUGUGGGACACCAAAUUACAUUGCCCCAGAAAUCCUAAGGGGAGAAGAAUACGGGUUCAGUGUGGACUGGUGGGCCCUCGGUGUCCUGAUGUUUGAGAUGAUGGCGGGAAGAUCGCCAUUUGAUAUAAUCACAGACAAUCCGGACAUGAACACUGAAGAUUACCUCUUCCAAGUUAUCCUUGAGAAGCCUAUUCGAAUCCCCAGAUUUCUCUCUGUCAAAGCCUCCCACGUCUUAAAAGGAUUUUUAAAUAAGGAUCCCAAAGAGAGGCUUGGUUGCCAGCCACAAACGGGAUUUUCAGAUAUCAAGUCUCACACGUUCUUCCGCAGCAUAGACUGGGAUCUGCUGGAGAAGAAGCAAGCCCUCCCUCCAUUUCAGCCUCAGAUAACCGAUGAUUAUGGUCUGGAUAACUUUGAUACACAGUUCACCAGCGAACCUGUGCAGCUAACCCCAGAUGACGAGGAUGUAGUAAAAAGAAUAGACCAGUCAGAAUUUGAAGGAUUUGAAUACAUCAAUCCCUUGUUACUUUCUACAGAAGAGUCAGUAUGAAGAAAUGGCAUCUCCAUUGUGGACAAAUAAUGUGAAUGAACUUUUACAUUUAUCCCUAACUACAGUAUAUGCAUGCAAGGCUGGGGAACUGUAAGGUUUUGAGUGGAGACCAAUGAUUUUUUUAAAAAUUGCUGCUGAAAAUCAAAGAAGAGAAUAGAUUUUGGUGGGUGUCUUCCUCUAAGUGAUCCUGGUUUUUGAGUCUGGGGCACUGACGCGACUGGCUUCUUUUCUGAGGGAAUGUGCACACGUGCCUGCUUCGUGGAAGAAUCUCAUGUUCGUUACAUCCUCGGGAAAGGAAUGUUCCAACGACUUUGAAGGUGCACACUUUCUACAAAACAAAACUUGAUGCAAUGGCCGACAAAUUCAAGAAAAUUAAAGUGUAAUAUCCUGAAGAAUAAAAUGUUACAGUGGUGUUGAACCUCAUUUCCGAUGCCUUUUUUCCCACAAGUGGCACCUGUCUAAACAUCUCAGAUACACUAUCUAAAUAAAAGAGGAGUUGUGUUUUAUUAGCAAUCAAAACAUAAGUUUGGGUACAUAAGUUUAAGUGCCUAAAUGGAUAAACUGCAACGAAGAAUUUUUACAAAUUCGGAGCCUUUUCUAAAUCCUGGUAAGUUCUUCUUGUUAAUAUUUAACAGGUAUUUUCAUACAGAGCAUGUAAUUAACAGCUGGAGUGUCUAUUGCUGAAAACACACCUUUAUUUUAGAAAUGUCCUUUGAGCUAUGAAGGAGCAAAAUGCGAAUCUCAAUUAGUAAAACAUUAUCAUUCUAUUGAUGGAUAAAAUUGGAUGAGGUAGAUGUUUAAAAUGAUGCUUGCCAAAGCACCAUUAGACCAAAAAAUAUUUAUAUUUAAAAAACGAAAUUUGCACAAAAUAGAUUUCUGAAAAAUCCUUAAGCAGUGCCUACAUGUCUUGUGUUAUGUAUUAGAUUUUUGAAAAAUAUUUUUAUCAGUAAUAUGAUAUUCCGAAUUAGAAAAUAGGGAAAAAAAAGUAUAAUGGAGCUAGCCUUAAAAGUUUAAAUAAUAAAUCUAGAGUAUCCAUAAACAUAACCCAUUUUCCUGAUAAAGCACACCUCCUACUUCUAAUAAUCUCUUUGCUUUGAAAAUUUGUAUAUUACUAAAUAACCAUUCUGCUUACAAGAAAGGAUUGCUUGAUGAAGCUCAACUGUAGGUUUUACAUACGUCAAGAUGGCAAACGGGAGUGGGAACCACUUGGAAAAACAUGACAAUUUGAAAACUGUCCAUUAAAUCCCUUCUCCUUUGGAAACAGUGAAAACAAAAGUGUGCGUUGGGGGGAGGGGUCAGGUUGGGUCAUCGGUGUUAGUUUCACAAGAGGUUAACAGGAUGCUUUCUUGUCCAGCUGUGGAACAGUCAGGUCACUUCGUUUAAGGACCAACUGUCCACUGCCAUAAAAAAAUGUUUCAAAGGCUUGUAAAGACCCACCUGCCACUGCCGCAGGUAACUGUAGCCUGGCUGCACAGGUCUCUGUGCUAGCUCUUGGUUCCAUGAAUUGUGUGGCUUGGAUCUGGGAGGGGGGAAGGGGAAUAGUGCAGGAAGCACAAAGACAGACACCUAAGCAGGUGCAAGAUGCAAACUCCACCUGAACCCUCCUCCACUCUCUUUGCAUUAACAUAUAGGUUUCUCAGGGUAUAGCAUCGCACUCGGUGCUGAACAUGACAUCUCUCAGAUUCACAUCCAAGUCAUGAGGUGCUAGGAUGAGACUGCCAAAAUAUUCUCUCAAAUCCCCAACUGACCAUUGGUAAACAGGCCCCAUUUGUAGCCCCCACAACUCUUAGGGGCAGUGACCCCGUCUGAGCUCGGGGUCUCCAUGGUGGCCCGGAAGCUGUGCUCGAACCAGCGCCCAUCACUUUCCAGAGAAACGUACUUGCCUCAAAAGCCUAGAAAUGAAGGGAAUGCAGGACACAGGCCAGAGGCCAUUCCCGACUGGCUCGUUCCCCACUCUCCCACCUGGUUGUGACUUUCAUCAGAUCCCUCCAUUUUCCAGCUGCACACAUUUUAGUUAUGCCACGGUGUGACUGUGAACAGGGUGACCCUGAUCAGGAGGGAUCCUCCCAUUGGUGUGUGUCUCCAGGCAAGGGACUUGUUUGUGUGUGUUUGCUCCACUCAUAAACUGCUAGUGGCAUCCAAUUCAUUUCGCUGCUGUGGGUGGAAAAAAAAGACCUGCUGGCUCCAGUGACAGCACCGGUGCCCUGGGUUUAUUACAGUCGAAGGCAUUUACAAUAUUGCUGUGUUGCCAAAUAGUUUGCCAGUUAUGAGUUUGGUUGCUCACGUGCAAGUGUAUAAAUAACAUUCUUGUUUAUGAUGGAGAAAUUUUUAUAUAAAGUACUUGUUUUAUAUAUUGAAGAAACUGAAGGAUGUAAUUAAAUGUGUGGUUUGAGAAAAAAAAAGUCCUAAUAUAUUACAAAUGGAUCCGGUAAUGAGAUGGUCUAUAGUUGUCAUAUCUGAAAUAGUAAAUGAAAACUCUAGCUAAUUUAAUGAUUGUAAAGCAGUAAAUAUGUUCUUGUAGUUUUGUAUAAUUACUUAGUUCCGAUCUUUGCUGGCCCGUUUUCCUUGUGCAGAAGAUGGUACGCUAACCCAUAACAGCUGAGAUCAUUUCUAUUCUUGCACACCUAUUAAAGACUUUAAUGAAAAAGCCUAA